UUGCUUGCUGUUUGGGGUUUCUGUACAGCACUUUGAGAUAUCAGCUGAUGUACGAAGGGCUAUAUAAAUACAUUUGAUUUGAUUUGAUUUGCAUAGCACCCAAAGUCAUUUCUGUCUUCGAUGACAGCAUAUUUCUUUGGAUAUUUUUCCUUGAGAACAGAAAGUGUAUGUGUUGCUGUAAAAAGCUAUCACAGACUUUUGCAGCCAAUGCUAAGCACAAAUUAUACAAAUUAAAUGAGUAAAGAAUCUGUGUGGUACUCUGCUUUAAUAGCCACAAGAUGAUGCUGUUUUCCUUAGUAAAUCACAGAAUAUUUUUUUCUGCAGACUAGGCCUACCUAAACUAGUUAUACUAUCUGACUGCUUUAUUGUACUAUCAACAAACCAAAUUGUUCAACAUAAGGACAUUUUAGGGACAUGUGCCAGGGUCUGUGUGUGACCUACCAGGUAUCAAACCACGUUCCUUAGACAUUAUCUGACAUGUUGUAUUAGAUGCAUAUUUCACCUGAUAUUGUAAGUAGAUUAAAUUGUCUAUACUGAAAUGCAAAAAGUAUAUUUUGGUACUUGGGGUCUGCAAGUAGACCUUGGCCCAUACGAACAGUGAAUGCCCACUCAAUUCUUGUUUUUCAAUGUAACCUACCUAUAGAGCAAUGGAAUUGCUUUUAAACUGAACAAGGGUGUUAUCUAGAUAUUUUGUCAGGUUGAAAAAAAGUGUAUGCACUUUGUUUUAAACACUGUAUCAUGUAGAAUUCAUGAUGGUCUCUUUGUAGGCUCAACGUUUGGUCGGUGGAACUACAUUCCCCAUACUGCGCUACUGCGCAGCGUCGUGUCGUGAGCUGUCACUCUGCCCAGAGAAAUUGGUACAGCAUCUCUGAGCAGUGGACUGCGUGACAGGGACCAUAAAAUGCGUUGAAAUUGUCUCCCCUAAUACUCUUGAUUUGCGAUGCGUUCCUUAUGGCUAUGAUAAAAAAGGAUUGAUAAAAGGUGUAAUUCUCGUUGGAGUACCGGACUGUUUUGUCAAUGAGAAAUGUGGAGUCGCUCUAUCCAUCGGUGUUAACGCAGAAAAAUAGAAGAUGAAGAAGCAAUUCAAUAGAAUGCGACAGCUCGCCAACCAAACAGUGGGCAGAGCUGAAAAAACAGAAGUAUUAAGCGAAGACCUUCUACAAGUGGAGAAGCGGCUGGAGCUGAUCAAGCAGGUGUCCCACAGCACCCACAAGAAGCUGACCGCCUGUCUGCAGGGCCAACAGGGGGUGGAUGUGGAGAAGAGAUCUGUCAGAUCGCCCUCGAAAAAGCUACCCCUCACAACACUAGCACAAUGUCUGGUGGAGGGAGCAGCAGUGUUGGGCGACGACUCGCUACUGGGGAAGAUGCUGAAGCUGUGUGGAGAGACACAGGAGAAGAUGGCUCUGGAGCUCAUCCUGUUUGAGUUCACCAUUGAGAGAGACGUGGUGGAACCCCUAUACGAACUGGCAGAGGUGGAAAUCCCCAACAUCCAGAAACAAAGGAAACAUUUAGCAAAACUGGUUUUGGACAUGGACUCGGCACGCACAAGGUUCCACCAGUCCUCCAAGUCUGGUAUGUCCAGCAACGUGCAGCCAGGGGCCAAGGGCGAGCACCUCAGGGAAGAGAUGGAAGAGGCAGCCAAUCGAAUGGAGAUCUGUCGAGAUCAAUUAUCAGCAGACAUGUACAAUUUUGUGGCCAAAGAAAUUGACUAUGCAAGCUACUUUCAGACAUUGAUAGAGGUGCAGGCAGAGUACCACAGGAAGUCGUUAGAGCUCCUUCAGAAUAUUCUGCCUCAGAUCAAAGCCCACCAGGAGACCUGGGUGGAGAAGCCGUGCUAUGGGAAACCCUUAGAGGAGCACCUUGCCCUCAGCGGGCGGGACAUUGCCUUCCCCGUCGAAGCCUGUGUCACCAUGCUGCUGGAGUGUGGCAUGCAGGAAGAGGGCCUGUUCAGAGUAGCGCCCUCUGCCUCCAAACUGAAGAAGCUCAAGGCGUCUCUAGACUGUGGGGUGAUGGACGUGCAGGAGUACUCUGCAGACCCUCACGCCAUCGCAGGUGCUUUGAAAUCCUACCUACGGGAACUCCCUGAGCCACUGAUGACCUUUGAACUUUAUGAUGAAUGGAUCCAAGCUUCUAACAUUCAAGACCAGGACAAGAGACUCCAAGCCCUCCUCACAGCCUGCGAGAAGCUACCCCUGGCCAAUGGCAACAACUUCAAGUAUUUAAUCAAAUUCCUCGCCAAGUUAGAUGACUACCAGGAUGACAAUAAAAUGACUCCUGGGAAUAUUGCAAUAGUCUUGGGUCCCAACCUGCUGUGGACAACGCAGGAAGGGAACAUUACUGAGAUGAUGACCACUGUGUCCCUGCAGAUUGUAGGCAUCAUUGAGCCCAUCAUCCAGCACGCUGACUGGUUCUUCCCUGGAGAGAUUGAGUUUAAUGUCACAGGAAACUAUGGCAGCCCGGUCCACACCAACCACAACGCCAACUACAGCUCCAUGCCCUCUCCGGAUAUGGACCAUUCCGAUCGCAAGCACAAUGACCAGAGCCGACGUCCGCUCAGUGUGGCCACUGACAAUAUGAUGCUAGAGUUCUAUAAGAAGGAUGGCAGCGUUAGGAAAAUUCAAAGCAUGGGGGUCAGGGUGAUGGACACUUCUUGGGUGUCGCGCAGGGGCUCGUCGUCAGUGCGUAAAACCUCCUCCACGCCCCCGAGUAUGCAACCCCCCCUCCCUCCCUCAGACGCUCUCAUACCUGAGCAGGGGGAGCUCUCUGCGUCCCCCUCACCAACACCUCCUCCCGCUGGCAGCGACCGUGCCAGCUCCGAUGAUGCGUCAUCCACUUGGUCGGACUCCUGUUAUGCCUACCCCUCUCCGGAGGAGGAGAGGCCCCCUCCCCCUUACCCUUCUUCUUCCUCUUCUUCCUAUUGCUACCCACCUCCUCACCAUUUCUACCCCCGAGCACCGCAGUGCGCGCGCCCUGUCGCCCCCGGUCCCGAGUCCGUGCCCCCCGGGCCGUCUCCCCCACCUCCCCCACGCUGGUCUAACUACAGCCCUCACCCACUGCCCCCCUCCUCGUGCCCCUCUCCCUCUCCCUCCCCACAGCAGCUUGAUAUUAACUCUAACCCCAAGCCCAGCACCCUGCACCUGCCCAAACAGAAUUCCCUGGCCGAAGCUCUGCAUGCGUCCCCACCGUCAGAAACUAACGUCUCCCCCCUCUACAUCAAAACCCCCCUCGUGCUAACCCGACACGACCCGUCCCUCGUUCCCCAGACCCCUAACAUUCCCCUGUCCACACCUCUACCGUGGGCCGCCUGUGCCUGUAGCCGAGAGAGAGGAGCCAAGCUGACUGGUACUCUGAUGAACAAGGAGCUCUCUCCAGUGAUUGGACAGAAGGGAUUCCAGGGAACAGCACCCUCUGGUGGGCCAUCACAGUCCUCUUCUGAACAUAGCCCUCACACCCUGAGAAGAGCUAAAAAGCUGGCCCCCAUCCCACCUAAGCACUACUCUCAGUCUGGGGGAAUGUCUGAUCAGUCCACAGGUCAACCCUCUCCAGUCAGCCUGUCCCCCACCCCUCCUAGUACCCCUUCCCCGUAUGGCUUUGGCUACCCUCAGGGCUACGCCACCAUCGGCUCUCCUGGACAGGCCCAGACCGCCACCCUCUCCUCCCCUCCCUCGCUAGCCGGCACCCUCACCAAGGCCAGGCCCACUCCCAAGCCUCCCAGGCAGAGGCCCAGCCUGCCCCCACCGCAGCCCCCCAGCACCCCUGGCUCCAGCCCCCAACCCCUGGAGCACAGUGAUGUCCUGCUGGAUGGAUUGUCUCCUGGGGAGAGCAUGUCCACAGACUCUUUCUGCAACCUGGAUAUCCCCAUCAUCAACGUGGAACUGGAUGGCAUCUUCGACGAGCCUAAGAUGGUCCCCUACAGGAACUCAGUGGCGGUGGUCCAGCCUACCCCCAAGACAGAGUCAGAGGAAGAGUCUGAGAGCACGAUACUAUGACAUCACGAGUUUCCACCCCCAGCCCUACUAUUCCAGCCUGUUCCCAGGACCCGUUCUCUGACCUUUGACCCAAUGGGACUCACUCCAGACCUCACCUCCACCCAUAGAGACCAAACACCGGGUUCAGCCCUGUAAAACAAAGUUAAUCUUAUAACCUGAAAUAUAUAUGAAUACAGAAAAUACAUCCAGUAUAUCCACAUCCAGAGAGUUUCUCUUUGAGACUGUGGGGGGAGGAACUUUUGAUACACCGAAUCGGACACAAUGCUUUGUUUUUAUGUUGACUGGAUUCCUUUGAUUCUGUCUGUGGUGCAUUCAAUUUAAAAAAAAAAAUCUUUUUCAACAAUAGUGUUUAUUUUUCUUUCCUUUUGGCUUAUUUGAGUCAUUUGCAAUAUUGCCUCUAACUUCACAUACAAGACAUGAAAACAAUUUGCUCGGUGGAAUGGAUUCUACUCUUGUGAGUGUAGUAGUAAAGGAAAGGGACAGUAGAUUUCUGAUUUCCUCUCCCUGUCAUCCUUUUGAUGCCAUCCUAAACCAUUCCUCGUACUUUGAGAUCACUGGCAACCCCUUGUUCCUUCCUGGCUGAAUGUGUGUUUGUGAAUUGUGUGAUGUGUUUGGAAAUGUGCUGCAUCAUUAAGUGGCGAGUUCUGCCAUAGAAAAUAUAUAUGGUACUGCAAGACCAGUUUGAGAUUGAAUCUCCAAUCACACUCUUCGAAGGGAGAUUAAGAUUACAUUUGCUGUUAGACGGGAAGUUAAAUCUGGGUAAUAUAGUAUUUACUAUUUAAAAUGACUGUUUAUACUGUACAUUUCAGAGUAUAUUAUAUUAACAGUGAUACAAGAGAUAUUAUAUGUGUCAUAUAAUAUAAGAAUACAACCAUAGGUAUACAGAUAUAGAAUUAUAAAUACGGUAUACAGAUAUUCUAUAGUAUAGCAUGUACUUAAUUGUACAUUAUCAUAGGAGAGGCUGUAGAGGGAAUGGGACAUAGAAACAUAACAAACAGAAUAAUUCUAUAUAAAAGGAAUGGAAUGCUGAAAAGUGAGUAUGAGUGGAAUGUGCAGGGUGGGACCAUACCUCCUCUCUGCACUCAGCCUCAGCUUCUUUAACGAGCGCCCUGAGAGCCUUAUCUGGCAAGAGCCUGUCACUGGGGAGCCUGCUCAGCUGUUUGAAAGCCAAUAUUGAAAGCUUUUUUGUUAGAGCAAGUGUGUAUAUGAGUGUGGUCCUGUAUGUGUGGGUGUUAUCCGGAAUAUAGAUACAUUUCUUCUGGUGCUAGAAUGUGUGUUUAUAUUCUAUUACACAGGGAAUAAGAAUAGGCUCUCAUUGAAAAUAUACGGCAGUUGCUGUUUCAGUCCCCUAUACCCCCAUAUUUAGUAAGAGGAAUCCAUCAUAUAAAGGAUUUGAUGAUGAGGAAUGUGAUACUUUGUGCUGAAAGUAUUUAUACCGAUGAUUACGGUGCAGAGGAGUAUGAUUGACAUCCACAACACAUAAUAGCAAUGUUCCAAACUGAUGAUCCAGUGAUGAGGUUCAAAGGUGAGGGGCCCGCCCAUGACCAACACAAACCUAUGGUCUCCUUAGAAACGUUCCAUCCAUAACACUGAUUAGUGUUUGGAAGCCACAACAAACGCUGCUCUUUCAUGCACUUAUGUUCAAGUGCUAUAUAUUUUAUCCAUCACAACACUAUUGUAAAUACUGAAGGCUCUGUGUAUGUGUGUAUAUAAAAAAGCGAGAGGAUGAAAUAUAGACAGUACCAUGUAAACGUUUGGACAAAUCUACUCAUUCAAGGGCUUUUCUUUAUUUUGACUAUUUUCUACAUUGUAGAAUAAUAGUGAAGACCUCAAAACUAUGAAAUAGCAC